AUGAGAGGAACUCUCUCCUCUCUCCUCGUCUUCGGGUCUUUUCUUGGCCGAUUGCUUUUACGGAUCAUCGGAGCAAUCCUUGCCGCCAGCCUAGAAAACCAGAAGAUAAAGAGAAAUGGGUCUCGUGAAGCGGCGGGCCUAGUCGCUAAGGGAGGGUACGGCGGUGAAGCGGCUCAGGGGAUGGUGGCCCUCGACGGGCGGAGAAAAGAAUUUUCCAAGUGCCGGCCGAGUGCCUCGCAGGUCCACCGGAAAUGA